ACUUCGCGAUGAGUAGUUUGCUGAAAUGAUGAUCUGUUUGACAAAGUUUAUAAGAAGUAAUGAAGGAGAUGUGAGAAACACUUUAUGAGCCGUGAUUCUUUCGGCGCGAGCAGACGUUCAUGAGCUCCUGUCAUUCCGUGCAACUAACGCUGGAAUAGGUUUAUUCUAUCAGCUGUAUAGGCAGACAUCACAGUUAUCUACGGGACGCUGGACAAUUUUUGUUGAAAAGUGCAGAUAAAAGUACUGUUUGAGGGACUAGAAAGCCCAUACACAGCAGACCAUGGGAAAAACCAAGGCGACCAGGCGGCUGUUGCGGACGCCGAAAUGUGCCAGAUGUCGCAACCAUGGUGUAGUCUCCUGUUUAAAGGGCCAUAAACGAUACUGUAGAUGGCGUGACUGUCAAUGCGCCAACUGCCUCCUGGUGGUGGAGAGGCAGAGGGUCAUGGCCGCACAAGUGGCGCUCAGGAGGCACCAAGCCAAUGAGACGUCAUCUCAAACUGGCAAGGCCAAGGCAAAGAAUGCAGCUGCUUUACUUCAACAGCGGAAGAUCCUUCAGAGAAACUUACGUCACCUUCAGCAGCACACACUUUCAAGGGAGAUAUUACAAAAUUACCGAUCACGUGUGAACGCCCUUCCGCCAGCAGACGCCAUCAGGAACAUGUUCCCCUUCAUGAACGAACGCAUGCGGAAACGACGUUGCUUUGCAGACAAGGAACUGGAAGCGGUGAUGAUUGAGAGAGAAAGACAAGUGGAAAUACAAAAACAAAACGCCAAAGCUUCUGAAAAUCGUAACGGUGCCACGCAGAGUCAAACCACAGGAACGUUACAAGCUGCUUUGUCGCAUUCUAACCCACGGGAAGUCUUACAGAGGUUGUUCCCGGCCCUUAAUCCAAACGUGAUGGAGUUGGUCUUCCAAGGGUGUGGCGGAAAUCUUUCAAAGGCGGUCGAACACUUGUCGCGGAGUGCGUGGCAGGUACAGAACCCGUACGCUUACGCCAUGACGGGCCAGAUGUUGUUACCACACACUGUCGGCUGCUACAAACUUCCUCAGCCGAUCAUUGCUGCUUUCGGACCCGCAAUUUCUGCUGCGCAGGCGCGCUUACAGUUGUUUGGGGCGGGGCAAAAUGGACAAGGGGACGAAAAAUCAGAAAAUUCGAGAAAGGACAGAUGUGAUGACGAACAGGUGGUGGUUAACUUGGUGAAAGGAAGACUGGACAGUGGACAUAAAUCUGCGUUUCACCCAACGAAACGCCGAACUGGUACUGCCAAAUCUGCAGAUAUUGAAACAGAACUAGUCAUAGAUGAUGACGAGAUGGAAUCAAUUUCGAUCGCGAGUGCCUCCCCCGUUUCAAAACCCAAUAAACCUGUGAUUAAGUUUUCAGUUGCGUCUAUCAUCGCGAAAUGAACAGAGUGGAUAGACAGUGGAUAAGACUAAUCGAAUUAGAGAUUUUUUGUGGUCAUAACGUUGCAGGCAGUUUAUAACGAUCUGAUCAAACAUUUAACUGUAUGAAAGGAAAUGGUGUUAUCGUUGGCGUUAACGGCAAUGACGCGGUUCUCUUAACUUUUGAGGUUUACCAUGACGACGGACCAGAGACACUUAUAUAGCUCUCAUUCGGACCUGGAGAGGACUGCCUUAAGACACUUUUACAGCAACUCAAGUCCGACCAGGGAUAACUGACUGUUUUGGGGGCAAGACCAGAGGGCAACAUCAAGCACCAUCAUGACAUAAUGAAGAUCUCGCCACAUUACAUGGUCAGGCACUGCAUUUCCCCAAAGAUGGGCAAAUGGACAACAGCGUCUUCUUUAUGCUGGUUACCAAAAGCUUUGUAAAGAACUCAAGAAAAGUUUUAAAUGCCUUUGUGCAUUCGAUGCAUUUUAUUAAAUUGCAACCAUAGUCAUGCAGUGUAACUUAUUAUAACAUUACAAAUGAUCACGAUCGAGAACAACGUAUCAGUCACACGCAAUGUGGUAAUGGAAUGACACAUAAUACAUGUACCUUGGAACUGCAGAAAAA